AUGAGGCUGUCCUGGGGGCUCCUCCUGCUUGCAGCGGCCAUGGUGCUGGAAGAGAUGGCCGCCGCCCGCUGCCCCGCGCCCUGCGUCUGCGACAACCUCCGCACCCACGUCUUCUGCCUCAACGGGAGCCUGACAGCCAUCCCCAGCACCAUCCCACAGCUCACCAAAAAACUGGACCUUCGGGGCAACAGCUUCACAGUCAUCCCGGUGGGAGCCUUCCUCACCACCCCGUACCUCACACACCUGGACCUGCAGCGCUGCAAGGUGGAGAGACUGGAGGAAGGGGCCUUCCGGGGCCUGGGGAGGCUGCUCUACCUCAACCUGGCCUUCAACGGCAUAGCCCUCCUCUACCAGGAGUCCCUGGACGGGCUCUCCUCCCUCCAGCAGCUCAUCCUGGAGGGAAACCGCAUCGAGGAGAUCCAGCCGGGUGCUUUUGGCCGUCUGGGAUCCCUGACUGUCCUUGACCUGAGGGCGAACGCCUUGGUCUACCUCCCGGACAUGGUCUUCCAGGGUCUGCAAGCCCUCAGGUGGCUCCGUCUGUCCCACAACGCCCUCCAUGUGCUGGGCAGCGAGGCCUUCACUGCCCUGCCUGCCCUGCGCAGGCUGAGCCUGGACCACAACGAGCUGCAGGCGCUGCCCGGCGAGGCCCUGGCCAGGCUGGACGGGGCCACCCGGCUGGACUUGGGCCACAACCCCAUCACCUAUGUGGCUGAGGAGGCCCUGGCCAUGGCCUCCCUGAAGCACCUUUUCCUGGACCACGCCGCCCUCCAGGACGUGGCACCCGACGCCUUCGUCCACAGCCCCCAGCUGCGCACACUGGACCUCCGCAAAAACCAGCUGGAAGGGCUGCCACCCCUGGCUGGGACUGGGGGGCUGGUGAGGGUCAGCCUGGCUGGGAACCCCCUGCUCUGCUCCUGCCUCCUGCGCCCCUUCCACGAGUGGCUGGCGAGGGGACGGGUACAGGUGGAAGGGUGUCCCCAGGGGUGCACCUGCUCCCCCCAUUUCCAACACGGGUCCUGUGAGAACAGGAACCUGCAGGAGAUCCCCCAGGGCUUCCCAGGGAACACCCACCUCCUUGACCUGCACCGAAAUGCCUUUGGGACUGUGCCACCAGGCGCCUUCCCCGGCCUGAAGGAGCUGGUGUCCCUCCACCUGCAGAGCUGUGGCAUCGGGGUGCUGCGCCCCGGGGCGCUGCGGGGCCUGGAGAGCCUGGUCUACCUCUACCUCACCAACAACCACCUCUCCACCUUGGCAGCCACCGCCUUCGAGGGGGCCCCGCGGUUGGCCUACCUCGACCUGGACCGCAACGCCUUCACCCAUGUUCCCGGGGGUGCCUUCCAGCGCCUGCCCAACCUCAUCUCCCUCCACCUGCAGCACAACGCCAUCGGGGAGCUGAGGGAGGGCGACCUGGCUGGGGCCAGGGCACUGCGCUGGCUCUACCUCGCUGGGAACGCCAUCAGGCGCAUCAUCCCUGCUGCCCUGGCUCCUGCCAAGCUGCUGGAGAAACUGGACCUAGGGGGAAACCGCCUGGCAGAGGUGCCCACAGCAGCCCUGCGGGGGCUGCCCACCCUCAGCGAGCUGAAGCUGUCCCGAAACCCCAUCAAGCACAUGGAGGAUGGUGCCUUCCUGCCGGUGGCCUCCAGCCUGCAGCACCUCUACCUGGACAACAUGGGCCUGGAGUGGAUGUCCCCUGGUGCCUUUGCUGGCCUCGGUCCCAAGAUCAGAAGCCUCUACCUGGAGAGCAACAGAAUGAGCAACAUCCCCAGCAUGAGCAACUUCACGGGGUUGGAGAUCCUCAACCUGAGGGACGUGCCCUUCCACUGCGACUGCCAGCUCCUGCCCCUGCGCAGGUGGAUUGACAAACUCAACCUCCGCGUAGGAGCCACCUGUGGGUCCCCUGCAGAAGCCCAGGGAGCGAAGGUGAAGCUUUCCACCACUUUCCAAACCUGCCCUGGCUGGGGCCGAGCCAAUCCUGACAAAACCAAGGCUGCAAGCAAGCCCAGCAAGAAAAAGAGAUGGGGAAAAUCACCAGCCAGGAGCGUCAAGAAGAGCAGAGCUUAG